CAUGAUGAAGCUGCUACUGCUGGCCUUGGCUUUGGGGUGUGCAGGUGAUACUGUAAUACACAGUAUCUACAGCAUUGUGAGACAGUUAUGCAAUGCCUGGGGUGACUCGUUGGACUUGUAAGAUCAAAUCCCAGAGCUGACAAGUGGCUGUUCCAGUGGAGGAGAAUGGAGCGUUGUUGCAGGAAGUUUGUCAACCCCACUCCAGACCCUGGCAGGUCGACCUGUGGAACACUAAGGGGGGCUGGUAUGGGGAGGAAAGGUGUAGUGGUGCCCUCAUCAACGAGUGGUGGGUGCUUACCUCUUGGAACUUUGUUGAGUAGGUAUUCCCCCCUUUUCCGAAAUCAGUGUAAAAUGCAUGCAGCCCAUAUGUUCACCGAAAAGUUCCUCUCUACUCUACUCUACUCUACUCUACUCUACUCUACUCUACUCUACUCUACUCUACUCUACUCUACUCUACUCUACACCUCCUCAGACCUGGCCACACUAUGGUUUCUCAGGGGGAGCAUGACCUGACAGUGGAGGAAGGGACAGAGCAACACAUCCGGGUGGCCAGAUAUGUGCAGCACGGGCCAUAAGCACGAGGUCCCUCUCAUAGCCUGGCAAUGGUGUAGCUGGCAGAGCCUGCCCGGUUCACUCAGCAUGUCAUGCCCGUCGCACUACCAACACGCUGCACUCAGCUCCACGAGAAGUGUCUGGUCAGCGGCUGGGGCUCCAUCGUACCGGGACAGGACGAGCCCAAACUAAUCCUGAAGUGUGAAACACAGCGGGUCAUUGAUGACAAGAUGUGCCGGAUAGCCUUUCCCCUUUAUUGGAUUGAACACACAUUCUGUGCUAAAACCAUCAUCUCGACCGACAACUGCCUGUCUGACCAGGGCAGUACUGUGGUGUGUGAGGGUGAGCUAAAGGGGUUGUUCUGGUCCGGUUCUUCUGACGUUGGUUUGUACACCCGCCUGCGCCUGUACCUUGACUGGAUCAAUGACACCAUGAAUGAACACCCCUGAUCCUACACCUGAACCUGUGUGGACCACCGCAGCAGCAGCUACAACAUGGUGAUUGAAAAGAAAAACAAAGUGAUAUGUACUGAAAUGUUCUGUUCACCAGCCCCAUUGAUCACAUCCAGUAUGUGUUUUUUUCAUUCACCAGCAGAGGGCAACAUAGACUAAUAAUAAUGGCCUAUCAAAAACAUCUGAGAAAUUUCUUGGCUAUAACAUAUCACACAUUAACAUUUAACAUUAGAAGCCUCCUCCCUAAGUUUGUUCUAUUCACUGCUUUAGCACACUCUGCCAACCCGGAUGUUCUAGCUGUGUCUGAAUCCUGGCUUAGGAAAAACACCAAAAAUUCUGAAAUUUUAAUUCCAAACUACAACAUUUUCAGACAAGAUAGAACUGCCAAAGGGGGCGGUGUUGCAAUCUACUGCAAAGAUAGCCUGCAGAGUUCUGUCCUACUAUCCAGGUCUGUACCCAAACAAUUUGAACUUCUACUUUUAAAAAAUCCACCUCUCUAAAACAAGUCUCUCACCGUUGCCGCCUGCUAUAGACCACCCUCUGCCCCCAGCUGUGCUCUGGACACCAUAUGUGAACUGAUUGCCCACCAUCUAUCUUCAGAGCUCGUGCUGCUAGGCGACAUAAACUGGAACAUGCUUAACACCCCAGCCAUCCUACAAAAUCUGGACCCCUACAAAUCAGCCGGGCUAGACAAUCUAGACCCUUUUUUUCUAAAAAUGAUCUGCCGAAAUUGUUGCCACCCCUAUUACUAGCCUGUUCAACCUCUCUUUCUGAGAUUCCUAAAGAUUGGUAAGCAGCUGCGGUCAUCCCCCUCUUCAAAGGGGGGGAACACUUUUGACCCAAACUGCUACAGACCUAUAUCUAUCCUACCGUGCCUUUCUAAGGUCUUCGAAAGCCAAGUCAACAAACAGAUUACCGACCAUUUCGAAUCUCACCAUACCUUCUCUGCUAUGCAAUCUGGUUACAGAGCUGGUCAUGGGUGCACCUCAGCCACGCUCAAGGUCCUAAAUGAUAUCUUAACCGCCAUCGAUAAGAAACAUUACUGUGCAGCCGUAUUCAUUGAUCUGGCCAAGGCUUUCGACUCUGUCAAUCACCACACCCUCAUCGGCAGACUCGACAGCCUUGGUUUCUCAAAUGAUUGCCUCGCCUGGUUCACCAACUACUUCUCUGAUAGAGUUCAGUGUGUCAAAUCAGAGGGUCUGCUGUCCGGACCUCUGGCAGUCUCUAUGGGGGUGCCACAGGGUUCAAUUCUUGGACCGA